AUGGCUUCUCCAUCAAACAUUUCUGCGCCAUCGAUGCAUUCAGUGACUACAUAUCCUAGUUUUCGUGCCGACAAAAUAUCAGUUAUACUAAAAUUUGGUUUUCAACAGCGUCGAAUCGAAUAUCCCAUUAAUGAUGUGUGCAAUUCAAUCAUUAAACGACUUUACGAAGACGCAGAAAGUUGGUUACGUAUUCUUGCUACUAGCUACAAAAAUGAAUAUUUUACAGGAAGUUUUACAAUCUAUUUAUUUCGAAUUCUCGUCACAGAAUUUACAAUGGUACCUGUUAUGCAGCCAUCAGAUAUUGAACAGAACUCCAUAAUUGAAAUAGUGCUCGCACCGGCUGAAACAAGUCGGAAUGCUCAUGAUUUAUACCGUUCUCAAUUAAAUAAACCUACAAAUUGCUCAAAAUGCUCCCGGUUUAUUGUUGGCUUGUACAAGCAAGGAUUUCGUUGUCGUAAAUGUCGUAUGACGUUUCAUCAAGAUUGUGCAUCAUUUCUACUCGAUGAUUGUCCAGUACAAACCAAUUUUGAUAUUCCACAACGAGAAAGAAAACCAUCUUCAUCUGUAUCGCCACUUAGAUUUCGUUAUCCAUCUGUUAUCGAUUCAGGAUGCAAACAAGCCAAUGAACCCAUAGAAGCUGUACCUAUUUUUAGACUAUCCAUAGGUGGACCAUUAGACAUUGCACGAUCUACAUUACCUAAUGCAAUUAUUGAUAAAGGUAUAUUCCCUGCAUGUAUUCGUGGUACUCAUUUUUGUCAACGAUAUUUAUUUUGUCUUACAACAAAUGUAUUAAGUAUAUCACCAAAUCUAUCAGCUGAUAAUGUUUCAAAACAAGAAUUAUCUUCAGCAGGUGACGCCGACACAGUUUUACAAUUAGUUGAUAUCUCUAAUCUCGUCUUGACACAUUUAAUGCCUGAUCGAGACGAUGUUUUCGAAAUUCAUUUACAAAACAAUAUGGUGUUAAGCGUAGGGAAAAGAACUGAUACCGACGGUUUACAAAUGGAAACAGCUCAAUUCUAUUCAUCGAUACGUUAUACACGAGAAACGUUAAUAACGACAACAGCAUCACUAUCACCAAGUGUGGAAUCUGCUUCAGUUGCACCCUCAGCAACUGAAGUAGUUUCAAACAAAAAACCAGACACUUUACCUUUAUUGAGUGAAAGAAAAAGUAUUUAUGCAAAAACACCGUUUGGCGAAGGCAAUGAAGGCAAAGACCUACACGAAUUUUAUAGAUUAACGAACGAAAAACUUGGAGAAGGUGCAUUUGGACGAGUUAUGAAAGGUUAUAGAAAAUCAACGAAUCAUGAAGUAGCAGUUAAAAUUAUGGAGAAAGCUAAUUGUAGUGAACAAGUUAUUCGACAAAUAAAUGGAGAAAUUACCAAUCUCUGCAAAUUUAAUCAUCCUAAUAUUCUCAAACUUGAAGCGUAUUUUGAACGUGAUGUUGACGUUUGUAUUGUUACCGAACGUAUGGAGACAGAUUUAUGUAGCUAUAUAACUAGUACACAAACAGGCUGUCUUGAUGAAGAUAUAUGUCGAAUGCUUACUUAUCAAGUUAUUGUUGCUUUGAGAUACCUUCAUGGAAAGGAGUGUGGUCAUCUUGAUGUUAAAUGUGAUAAUAUUCUUGUAACAUGCCUUAAAGCACCACAUGCGACCAACAAUAAAUCAGUUGAUAAAGUAAAAAAUCCGAAUCAAGAUUUUCCUUUAGUUAAAUUAGCUGAUUUUGGUUAUUCGAGAAUUAUUGGCGAACAUUCAUUUCGCAAGACACAUGUUGGCACGAGGGUUUAUAAUGCACCUGAAAUUUAUCAUAGCAAAGAAGGUUAUAAUCGAUUGGCUGAUAUGUGGAGUGUAGGUAUUGUUCUAUACGCUGCCCUAUCAGGUACAUUGCCGUUUGAUGAAAAAAAUUCUCAACGUGCCGAAGAAAUUGUUCGUGAUAAGAAAACAAUUUUUAGUGGCCCACAAUGGAAAACAGUAUCAAACGAAGCAAUUAAUCUCUUAUCGAAUCAUCUAUUAGUUGUAAAACUGGAUUCACGCAUGAACCCAAAUGACGCUCUCUUUCAUAGUUGGUUUACCGAUUUCAAAUUGUAUGAAGAUCUACGUGAAAUUGAAAGACGAACAAGAUCUUCAAUGAAAGCAAAGGGGCAAGAGUCUACAUCACAACCGAAUUGGCUUACAAGGGAACGUGAGGAUCUUCUAUGGAUGGAGUUUCAACGCAUGUAUGCAGAAAAGUACAGCAGCAAUAAAUGA